UCGUGCGCGACGUGGCUGUUUCGAAGGAGGACGACGCGUGUACAGGGGAAGUGCCGGCCAAGUUAUUGAUUAUCUUCAUUAGAGGCACGAUGGAGUCGGAGGGGAUACUACAACAAGACGCGGCGGUGUGGCUUGACAUCUUGGCGGAGGCCCAUCAGCAGCUGCACGAGACGGUGCGUGAGCUGACUCAGCGAUCUCAGGAGCUGCGGCCGAUUAAAGGGGUUGCGUUCCCCCUGGCCGACUGGGUGGAUCACCGCUCACAACUCAUGUUAGAUAUAGUCAGCGAGCUGGAGGAGCUGGAGGAGGGGCUAGAUCCCGGGCUUGAACUGUACAUUGAUUGGCGGAGGGCGGAGGCUGCGCUGACGGCCUGCAAAGCCCUUUUUCGCAAGGGUCGGGAUGUGUGUGAAUUAAUGGAGGCUUGGUCCUCCGGGUUGGAUGAGCGGGAUGGGGGUUUGCUCACUGGACGGAUUGUAGGGAGAACGCUCAUGCCGGCCGGCGGUUCGCACGUAGCGAUUGAGGAGGCAGAUAGGACAGCCCUGGCGAUUACAACAGUCACUACAAUCGAGGACAACACCACCACCAACAACAACAACAACAACAAUAACAACAACAAUAACAACAACAAUAACAACAACAACGACAACGAUGACAACAUCAACAACAACAACGACAAUGACUUCACGGCGGAGGGUGAGGAGGUAGACAGUACAAUCAAGAACAACAACAACAACAACAACAACAACAACAAUGACGACAAUAUCUCGAGUGCGGAGGGUGGGGAGGCAGACAGGCUGGCGAUGGUGAUUGCAGACACCAGCACUAAGGUCAGAGUCGUCUGUUAUGGUGGCAAUGGUCGGUCUUCGUCAGCCUGGAGGCAGCUCAGUUGGAAUCUGUGGAGGUUUGGGCGAGAUCCAUUUUUUCUCCCCGCGAGGUCGGCAUGGCAUUGCUUUCGCUCAUGCUCCGAUGUUUGGCCUCACAAGGGGAUUGGGUGAUUGAUUGCCCCCCCAAGGGGUUGGUUGAUUGCCCCCUAUUGAUUACAGCUGACGGGGCAUGGGCUGUCUCAGCGGGCGGGUUGGGUUAGGGUUGACGGGUCGUUAGGAUGGCUGUCUCCUGAAGUAAUUUCCGAUUCCCCCGAUUCUACAUAUGUGGUUACCUUUUUUACAUUUUCGCGUGAAUUUUUUACACGGGUGCAACAUACUAUACUUGGAGGUACGGAAACGUGCCAUGUCACCCUACAAGGUAAUUAGAGUACAUUACAGUUGGAGGUCAAUCCUUCCCUUACACAGGGAAGUAAUCAAUGCCCCGGCUGUUU